AUGAGUGGAAAGAUCAUCUUCUUCGAGGAGAGUAACUUCCAAGGCCGCUCUUUUGAGUGCGUCAGCGACUGCUCUGAGAUUGCCUCUCACUUGAGCCAAUGCAACUCCUGCAGGGUGGAGAGCGGGACAUUCAUAGUCUAUAACCAGCCCGACUUCAUGGGCCAGCAGUACCUCCUGACCAGGGGAGAAUAUCCCGAAUGCACGAAUACCUUUGGCUUCAACGACUGCAUUCAGUCCUGCCGCAUUGUCCCUGCGCACAAGGGACUUUUUAAUAUGAGGAUCUAUGAAAGACCAAACUUUGAAGGCCAGAUGCACGAACUGACAGAUGACUGCAACUCCAUCCAGGAUAACUAUCACAUGUCGAGCAUGCAGUCCUGCAACGUGGUGGAGGGCUACUGGUUGAUGUUUGAACAACCAAAUUAUGAGGGCCAGAUGUUUUUUCUGAAGCCAGGAGAGUACAGGGACCUCAGAGAAGUCGGCAGUAAUGACAUGAAAUUCAAUUCAAUCAGACGUAUCACAGAAUCUUAA